ACUCCAUCCAUUAUUUGAAUGUUUAAUUGUGUUGUUUUUAUUUGGGUGAAUCCAAUUUGAAAGAUUAUGGUCUUAGAAUGCACUUGUCUCCCUUUGUGUGAUUAAUUAAUUCCUAGCUACGCACGACACAGACACUGGUCCACACAGCCAAGAAUGGUAGAUCCAGCUACUGAAUUGGUGCCACCACCAUCUUCACCCACCAAUUCAUCCAUUUCCUCCUCUGAUCUUGACACCGAGUCUACGGGAUCCUUUUUCCAUGACAGAAGCACCACACUGGGCACUCUUAUGGGUGUCAGCUUCCCAGCUAUUACCUUCAGAGCCUCCGACCCCCAUCCAAACUCCGCCACCGCCACCGCUGCUGCCGGAGGCCCUCGUAGGGCUGCGGACUCCAAGAAGAAGAGGGCGAUCGCGGUGGCGGAGAGGCGGAGGAGGUGGUGGUGGCUGUGCAGGGACGGUGACGCGAGGCCGGCUUCGCUCGGUGAGUUUCUCGAGGUGGAACGGCGCUGCGGGGACGGCGCCUUUUACGGCACGGCGGCGGAACUCGAAGGAAUGGUGAUGGACCCGCAGAGUAGCCAUGGCCGGGCUUUGUUUUCCGACGGGAGGGUUCUUCCGCCGGCUGGCGUUGACGACGAUGCGUCGACGGCGGGGAGUCUUUGUCGUAGAUUCCCGGUUUUGCUCACCGGGAUCUGUAGCGGCGGUGCUGGAUAAGAUAUUCAGUUUUAAUUUUAUUCUUCUUUCUUUUUCUAAAAAGAAAAAUGCUUAAUUAUUUUUGUAGGAUUGUUUGGAUGUUUGUUUAUUUGAUUGGUAUAUGAUUAAGAUUCUUAUGCCUGUGAUUUACAUGGUUUGGCUU